UAGGAUGAUCAGGGUGUUGGUGAUAUGAUGGCGUACAAUGCAGGUACGGUUGGAGUCUAACCACCAGUUUUUCCACUGAGUUGAAAUAAUACACAAUUUUUUAUACAACACACUUUGCAGUAAUUCUAGGACAUCUGCAAUAGAGUUGGUUUCUUAAUGUCUGAAGUGCUUCACUAUCAGAAGUUUGUGUGAAGAUGGCUGACUGGAGUGGAUCAUCCACACAACCUGAUGAAUAUCAGGGAAGUUCAGGAUUAUUCCACAGAAGAGGGUGCAUACGUAAACCUCCGAACAUGUCUGUGAUGAAAGAGGAACUGAGAGUAGUGCUGCUGGGGCCAAACACACAAUCUUUGGACAAAAGGCCUUCUCAGAGUCGCCGUCCUCCCUGCAUUGGUUUGACAGGCAUGAUGGGAUAGUGUUGGAUAGACAUGUGGUGGUCAUCAACACUCCUGACCUGCUCAAUCCUGCUCUCUUUCCUGAAGAACAAGACCUGAAGAGAUGCUUCCGUUUGUCUUGUCCUGAACCUCAUGCCCUGUUACUAGUCCUGAAGUCUGGCACAUUUACAGAGCAGGAGAAAGAAGCUUUCAAGCUCAUUAACAUCAUUUUUGGUGCAGGUGCAUCUGAGUAUGUGAUUGUGGUCUUCAUGCAUGAGGAGCAGGAGUAUGUGAGUGUUAAAGACUCUGGCAAUGAAUCAGUAAAGUCUCUACUGCAGACCAGCAGAAGACCACACCAUCAUCUACAGAUGAAAGGAGACCAAUCACAGGUGCAGAAACUUCUGGAGAGCAUCAAGAAGAUGGUGGAGGAAAAUGGAGGCCAUCAACUGAAGAUUUCUGAUGACCCAAGCCCGUUCCUGAAGAAAAAAGACAGAGCAUCCCAAACAUCAAUUAAGAUGCAUUCCGACCCCUUGAUACAGAGGAUUCAACCAGCCAGAAAGUCAGAACAUCCCAGAUAUGUGGGGCGAUCAAACUUUUCAGAGGGUGUGAGGCUGAAUCUGGUUGUGUGCGGGAGUGAUGGGACAUUCAAAUCAUCCAUAUCAGAGCAGAUCCUGAGAGACGUGGCGCUUCAUGGACGUCAGGUCAGUCUGGUGGAGCUUCCAGCCCUCAGUCGGCUCUCAGAGGAGGAAGUGAUGCGUCAGACUCUCCGCUGUGUAUCUCUCUAUGAUCCUGGAGUUCAUGUUUUCCUCCUCAUUAUUCCUGACGCUCCACUCAACAAUGAAGACAAAGCAGAAAUGGAGGAGAUCCAGAGGAUCUUCAGCUCCAGAAUCAACAAACACAUGGUGAUCCUCAUAAUGCAGAAUUCAGAGCAUCAGACAGCAGAACUCAAUGAAGAAACACAGUCUGUCAUUGAGGGAUUUGGAGGACGACAUAAUUUCUUUGGUCCCAACACACAAGUGUCCACAUUGAUGGAGAACAUUGAGAAGAUGCUGGAAGAAAACAGAGGAGAGUUUUUCUCCACAGAGACAUUUCUGGAGAUGCAGAUGAAAAAACUGAUGAAAUAUGAAGAGAUGAAGAAAAUUCAUUCACUAGAGACACAUUUACUGAAUCAAGGUUCAAGAGAAAACAUGGAUGAACUGAGGAUUGUGCUGCUGGGAAAAACUGGAGUUGGGAAGAGUGCAACUGGAAACACAAUCUUAGGAAGAGAUGCGUUUACAGCAGAAACAUCUCAAGAGUCAGUGACUAAAGAGAGUCAGAGAGAAUCAUCUGAAAUCAACGGCCGACACGUUACUGUGAUCGACACUCCAGGACUGUUUGAUACUGAACUUACUAAUGAGGAGAUCCAGAGAGAAAUCAGACACUGCAUCUCCAUGAUCCUGCCUGGACCACAUGUGUUCAUCAUUGUGCUCAAUUUAGGACAACGAUUCACUCAAGAAGAAGCAACAUCAGUCAAGAUCAUCCAAGAGACGUUUGGUGAAAAAUCUCUAAAGUACACCAUGGUGCUCUUCACCAGAGGAGAUUAUCUGAAGGAGAAAACUAUUGAACAGUGUUUAGGAAAACCUGGCUCUCCUUUGAUGAAUCUGAUUGAAGCGUGUGGAAACAGAUUCCAUGUGUUCAAUAAUAAUCAGACUGGAGACCGAACACAGGUGUCUGAUCUACUGGAGAAGAUAGACAACAUGGUGACAGCGAACGGAGGGAGUUUCUACUCAUGUAAGAUGUUCAGACAGAUGGAAAGAGAAAAACAAGAACAACAGAUGAAGAUCCUGAUGGACAGAGUCAGAGAAAGGGAAGAACUGAUCAACAAACUAGAAGAAGAAAUCAGUCAAGAACGACAGACAUUUAACAAUAAAAUUGACCAAAUUAGGCAAGAAAAAGAGAAAAUAAUAACAGAAAUAGGUAAACUGCAGAUCAAAUACCACACAGAAACAGAAAGACUGAUGAACAAAAUAGAGAACGAGAGGAAGAAAAGUGAAGAAUAUAUAGAAAGAGAAGAACAAUAUAAAACACAAAUACAAGAGAAAGUAAAAGAGAUACAAGACAAGAUGAGACGAGAACGAGAGACACCCAGACAUGAAAUGGAAGAAAUGAGGCAAGAAAAAGAGAAAAUAAAAACAGAAAAAGAACAACUUCAGACCCAAUACAAAACAGAAAUAGACAGAGUGAUGAACGGAAUACAGAAUGAAAGACAGAAUCAUGACAAAGAGAGAAAGAGAAGAGAAAAAGAGUUUCAUGAGAAAGAAGAACGAUAUAAAAUGCAAAUGAAAAAGAAAGAGAGCGAGAUCCAUGAGAUGAAGAGAGAAAGAAAUGAAUGGGAGAAACGAAAACUAGAGGAAAAGACGAGAAAUGAAGAAGAGGAUAAGAAAAGAAGAGAGAAAGAACAGAGAGUUUAUGACGAAUUUAACCAGAGACUGAAACAAGAGAGAGAGAGAAUGAAAAGAGAGAAAGAAGAUCUUCAAUAUAAACAUGAAGCAAAAGAAAACAAGAUGAAGAUCCUGAUGGAGGAGAGAGUGAAGAAAAUGAACAGAGAAAGAGAAGAACUGAUGAAGAAACAUGAAGAGGACAAAGAGAGAAUAAAGAUGAUGAUGAUGGAGAAAGUGGAGCAACUGGACAGAGAAAGAGAAGAACUGAUAAAGAAACUCGAAGAAGAGAAAGAGAGAUUGAAGAUGAUGAUGGAGGAAGAACAACAGAAUAAUGACAAAGAGAGAAAGAGAAGAGAAGAAGAGUUUAAUGAGAGAGAAGAACAAUAUAAAAGAGAAAUGAAAGAGAAAGAAGAGAGUGAGGAGAAGAUCCAUGAGGAGAUGAAGAGAGAAAGAGAAGAAUGGGAGAAACAGAAACUAGAGGAAAAGACAAGAAGAGAAGAAGAGGAUGAGAAAAGAAGAGAGAAAGAACAGAGAGUUUUGCAUGCAUUUAAACAGAGACUAAAACAAGAAAGAAAGAGAAUGAAAAGAGAGAAAAAAGAUCUUCAAUCUAAACAUGAAGAAGAAGAAGAAGAAAAGAUGAAGAUCCUGAUGGAGAAUCUGAACAGAGAAAGAGAAGAACUGAUGAAGAAACAUGAAGAAGAGAAAGAGAGAUUGAAGAUGAUGAUGGAGGAAGAACAACAGAAUAAUGACAAAGAGAGAAAGAGAAGAGAAGAAGAGUUUAAUGAGAGAGAAGAACAAUAUAAAAGAGAAAUGAAAGAGAAAGAAGAGAGUGAGGAGAAGAUCCAUGAGGAGAUGAAGAGAGAAAGAGAGGAAUGGGAGAAACAGAAACUAGAGGAAAAGAUGAGAAGAGAAGAAGAGGAUGAGAAAAGAAGAGAGAAAGAACAGAGAGUUUUGCAUGCAUUUAAACAGAGACUAAAACAAGAAAGAGAGAGAAUGGAAAGAGAGAAAAAAGAUGUUCAAUCUAAACAUGAAGAAGAAGAAGAAGAAAAGAUGAAGAUCCUGAUGGAGAAACUGAACAGAGAAAGAGAAGAACUGAUGAAGAAACAUGAAGAAGAGAAAGAGAGAUUGAAGAUGAUGAUGGAGGAAGAACGACAGAAUAAUGACAAAGAGAGAAAGAGAAGAGAAGAAGAGUUUAAUGAGAGAGAAGAACAAUAUAAAAGGGAAAUGAAAGAGAAAGAAGAGAGUGAGGAGAAGAUCCAUGAGGAGAUGAUGAGAGAAAGAGAGGAAUGGGAGAAACAGAAAUUAGAGGAAAAGGCCAAACGAGAAGAAGAGGAUGAGAAAAGAAGAGAGAAAGAACAGAGAGUUUUGCAUGCAUUUAAACAGAGACUAAAACAAGAAAGAGAGAGAAUGGAAACAGAGAAAGAAGAUCUUCAAUCUAAACAUGAAGAAGAAGAAGAAAAGAUGAAGAUCAUGAUGGAGAAACUGAACAGAGAAAGAGAAGAACUGAUGAAGAAACACGAAGAAGAGAAAGAGAGAAUAAAGAUGAUGAUGAUAAAGAAAGUGGAGCAACUGGAUAGAGAAAGAGAAAAACUGAUGAAAAAACUAGAAGAAGAGAAAGAGAGAAUGAAGAUGAUGAUGGAGGAGGAAGAACAACAGAAUAAUAACAAAAAGAGAAAGAGAAGAGAAGUGUUUAAUGAGAAAGAACAACAACAUAAAAUGGUAAUGAAUGAGAAAGAAGAACUGAUGAAGAAACAUGAAGAAGAGAAAGAGAGAAUAAAGAUGAUGAUGAUGGAGAAAGUGGAGCAACUGGACAGAGAAAGAGAAGAACUGAUGAAGAAACUAGAAGAAGCGAAAGAGAGAAUGAAGAUGAUGAUGGAGGAAGAACAACAGAAUAAUAACAAAAAGAGAAAGAGAAGAGAAGUGUUUAAUGAGAAAGAACAACAACAUAAAAUGGUAAUGAAUGAGAAAGAAGAACUGAUGAAGAAACAUGAAGAAGAGAAAGAGAGAAUAAAGAUGAUGAUGAUGGAGAAAGUGGAGCAACUGGACAGAGAAAGAGAAGAACUGAUGAAGAAACUAGAAGAAGCGAAAGAGAGAAUAAAGAUGAUGAUGGAGGAAGAACAACAGAAUAAUAACAAAAAGAGAAAGAGAAGAGAAGAAGAGUUUAACAAGAGAGAAGAACAAUACAAAACACUACUGAAUGAUAAAGAGAAGAAAGAGACAGAGAUGAAAGAGGAGAUGAAGAGAGAACGAGAGGAAUGGGAGAAACAGAAACAGCAAAGUCCAACAAAACUGUCAAAAAGACUGCAUGAUAGUCCUGCUGCCAGUCUCUCACCCAGACGGAUUGUUCUUCUGGGUAGAAGUGGUGUUGGGAAGAGUGCAGCUGGAAACACAAUACUGGGACGAAAUGAGUUUAAAUCACAUGCCAAUAAAUGUUCAUACGCUCAUGCCACUGUUUCAGGCAGAUCUGUAUCUGUAGUUGAUACUCCUGGACUAUUUGACUCACUGAUGAAUCCUGAUGAGUUAAUGGAGGAGAUAGCAACAAGUGUUCAUCUAUCCAGUCCUGGACCGCACGCUUUUCUCAUUGUGUUUCCUGUGAAUAUGAGGAUCACCGAGGAGGAUCAGCAGAUUCUUCAGAUGAUUGAGAUGAUGUUUGGUGAGGGAGUGUUAAAAUACUCCAUCAUUCUCUUCUCUUAUGGAGAUUGGUUAGAUGAGCCCAUAGAGAAAUGCAUUAAGCAGAAAAGUGCUUUAAACAGUCUAGUUAAUCAGUGUGGAGGCAGAUAUCACAUCUUAGACAAUAAAAACAAGAGAAAAAGAAAGCAGGUGAAUGAUCUACUGCAGAAGAUUGACACAAUGAUAGAGCAGAAUGGAGGAGGACACUACAGAUGAAUGAAGAUUAUCAGUGAUUCAGACAAGAGGAAGAAAAGAAGAGACAGAGAGAGGAAGAGCAGAGAAAAUAACAAGGUUUUAUGUUACAUCUUCUGUUGUAUGAUGAAUGUUUAUUUCAUUAUGUAAGUGUUGUGGGUUACUGUGAUGGUGGUUUGCGUUUGCAUGAAUUACUCUGUGCAGCUUCUUUAAAUUAGUACUUCAGCUCAUGGAAAAGCUACUUGUGAUGAACUCUGAUUUUUCAUGUGGCUUUCUCUUUUACCACCUGCAUUAUUAUGGUGGUUGUCAUAUGUUAAAGGUACAAAACAGAUUUUAGUAGUAGUGUGCAUUGUUGAAUUUACUGGUUUAUAUUCAUUUUUUCUUGUUUAUAAAUAACAGUUUUAUACUAUAAAAUUUACAGUUUGUUCUGUAAAUGUAUUUACAGUUUUUCUAUAUUUUUUACAAAAUUAUUCUGGUACCAAAGCUGCCAAAAUUAUUUUUUUAAUUUUUUUUUACAGUGUUGUUUGUCUUAUUGCUUGUCCAAUUGGUUUAUAUUGAUAAAAAUGUUUUUGUGGUAAUUUGUAAUAAAAUCAUUUAGACUCAGA